UCGCGUCCGUGGCCCGUGCGAUUAUUGUGGUCGGCACGAGUCGCGACGGUUUUGUCAUUUGUCGCGCGCGCGUGCGCAGUGGGGGGCCCACGUGACGUUUUGAAUUUUCGUCCGUUUUUAUUUUCGUUUGCGCCGCUGAUUUUUGCGGAAGUGUAAGCCGCCGCCGUCCGCGCACGGGACCGGCAGAUCUAUAUUUACUCACAUUCCAGCCGGGCACUGGACGCGUCUUUUCACUGGACCGUUUGGCUUUGGCCUAGUUUCAAGAAAAAAUAACAUCGCAUAUAGGUAUACAGUUGUAGGUAGGUGGCAGCUACAAUACCGCACGAGGUGUAAUAAUAAAUCGUGAAAGGUCGACGACUUGGGCCCGAGCGUGUGUGUGUGUGUGCCGCGAGCGUUUAUAUGCACCGCUGCAAUCGUCGCCCCUCGUUUGUUUAUUGCCCGUGAAACGACGACGACGACGACAACCGUGGUUCCAGUCCCGGAAGGAGCACGCCACCGCCACCGGAAAUGGAAAGAAAUCAUUAUCUGUCCGGUUCGUUCGACGGUCUGUCCGACGGCGACCGCGACCAACACCACGUCCUCAACCAACGGCAGUACUUCAAGAGCUCGUUCGCCAAAUCCAUGGCGCUCGAGACGACCAAGUCGCUGAACUUUGCCGAUCUGGACUUGACCGGCAACGAACGGUAUAACACCGUCGGAUCGCAUCGACAGGCAAAUAGAAGACUUUCUCAAAGGUUUGAAACAAAUGAAAACAGUGAAUCCUUCGAAUUUAUCAGAAAAGAAUACAAACAUUUGCAAAAUCUUUACGACGACUUGCGUUCCAAACACGAGAAACUGAUGCACAAAGAUGCCAAUGACCAGGCGCCUUGCAUCGAGUUGACAUUGGCAAAAUCCCAAGUAGACACUCUUCAGUGGCAGCUGAAGCAGGUUGAGGCUAGUAAUCAAAUGUAUAAAGCAGUGUUAGAGCAAGUGUCUAAAUUCUUGGAAAAAGCGCACACUUCUUUAAACACCAACCAUGACAAACCUAAUCUUCCCAUUAAGAAUAGACCAUCACUGAAAAGUAACAGAGGGGAGUAUACAGAAAAGCUCUCACUAGAAGCAUAUAGAUUGUAUCGCACCGUUCAGUCUAUAAUUCAUACCAAAGAACCAGAUCUAGUCCAACACUUAACACCAUGCUAUAGUACAUUGUUUGAAAAGAACAGCAACUCCUCACUUUGCAGUUGUGAUUCUUUACCGGCCGUUUGUAACGGUGUGAAAUGCUUGGAAGUUUCUAGUAGCAGUUCAAAUCAUAGUGAAACAUCUAUUAAGGGAUCAGACUUUUUCAAAAAAGAAACUAAGCAAAAAAAUAAUGUUAUAGAAGAUGAGAGUGGUUUUUCAUCAAUCAGUUCACACGAUAACAGUAAUUCUCCUACUUACCCAGAAUUAGGAUUGCCACCAACCGGACAUUUUCCAAUUGAUAAAGUUUCAAGAAGGUGGAGUUCUGUGUCCAGUACGCCUAUUAAUCAAUCAUUUAAUUACCAUACGACUGGAAGUUCAAAUACUUCGCCACCUAUUAAAGUUUGUUGGGUAUAAAUGUAAUAUUUAGUGUACAAUAUAGCAUAUUGUACAUAUGAAAGACUUAUGUAUUCAGUAAUUUAUUUUUAUUUAUUGUUUUCAUUAAUUUGUUUGAAAGUAUUAGCUGUAAUUGGCAUGCUUAAAUUUUUUAUAUAUCAUGUUUUUCAUAAUCUUAGUAGUUAAAUUCUAAUGACUGUCACAUUUUUUAUUUAAAUAUUUUUAUUUUGCCGUUCUAAUUUACAUAUUAUUAUAGUUUUAUCCUUCACUGCGUUUGCUUCAUAAUUUAUUAACGGUUAACUCAAUGUUAUUUUUUAUUUUAUUUUCAUUAUAUAUUUUAUUCUUUUUGUUGUACGCAGGAUUUGUACAUUAGUCAAUAAUUAUUUUUAAUUUGAAGUAUAAUAAUAUAAUAAUAUUAAGACUUGUAAAUGUACAAAUGUAAUGAAUAUAUGUACAUGUUUGAUAUAUAUUCAUUUAUGAAGUGUAUAAUUUUUAUUUUAUUUUUUAUUUUUCCACAACAGUUUUAUAUAUAAUAUGUAUUCUGAUUAUCUGUACCUACUUUUUCGGAUUAAGCAUUGAUCCGAUAAACAUUAUUCAAAACAAUAAAUUAAUAAAUGUAAA